UUAACAAUAGGAAGGCACAGUUAGGUAGGUAGGUGAGGGAAGAAAGAGAAUGAUGAGGACUGUGGUGACGCCUUGGCAGACCGCCCUAUUCUCCCGAUUAAAUGGCCGUAAUAGCCCUCCCUCUCCUCUCAUCUUACACUUUCGCCAUUCCUCCACCUCCUUCUCCUCUCCAAAAACUCCUCGUCUAUCCAUGGCUGCUGCCGCUCAGUCAACUAAUCAGAGUGUUUCAGCUGGAGAUGAUGCCAAUGUAUUGCAGUUGAUUCAAUCUCAUCAGGAAAAGGCUGCUCGGCUUCCCCCUGUUGAGGAAAUCAGAACUCUACUUGAUCUUAGUGUUCGUGGAACCCUCUCUACUUUUUCACAGAAGCAUGAAGGUUAUCCAUCAGGAUCAAUGGUUGACUUUGCAUGUGAUGCUGAUGGAUCUCCAAUAUUAGCUGUUAGCAGCUUGGCAGUUCAUACAAAGGACCUAACGCUUAAUCCCAAGUGCUCAUUGCUUGUGGCUAGAGAUCCUGAAGAUAGGAUUGAUUUGGUGGUCACUCUGCAUGGUGAUGCUAUUCCUGUUCCAGAGAAGGAUCAAGCAGCCAUACGUACUGCAUAUUUGGCUAGGCAUCCCAAAGCAUUUUGGGUUGACUUUGGUGACUUCCAAUUCAUACGCAUCGAGCCAAAAGUUGUGCGAUACGUUUCAGGGGUUGCAACAGCUUUACUGGGAUCAGGAGAGUUCAGUAAUGAGGAGUAUAAAGCUGCAAAAGUUGAUCCAAUUGCACAAUUUUCAAAGCCUGUUGCAUCUCACAUGAAUAGGGAUCAUGCUGAAGAUACGAAAGCCAUUGUGCAACACUCGACAUCGAUUCCGGUGGACUUUGCCUACAUUUUGGACUUGGAUAGCCUUGGUUUUAAUGUUAAGGCUGGUUAUCAAGGGGAAAAUUUCAAGCUUCGCAUACCUUUUACUAGACGUGCAGAGGAUCGAAAGGCUGUGAAGACUCUAAUAGUGGAUAUGCUUCAUGCUGCGACGCCUCAAGGUAGUUGAUCUCAGAGUACACAAGAAGGAUGUUUCAGCACCUCAGAACUGCCUUCUCUGAGGACGGUGAAAUCUGGACUCGGAAGAGGUGAAUCGAGAUAAUCUUGGGAAAAGAAAGUCUGCAUGUUAGUAAGGGUCAUGGUUACAGGAUCAAUAUAAAUGGUUUCUAAAAUCAUACUUGUUUAAUGUCAAAAGUGAUAUUGUAUAUUCUAUACAUAGAAUACCUACUGUGCAUCUCUUUCCGCUGUCCUUGUUUCUUUGAGAGAUUGUGUAAAGAAUAAAUUGCUAUAGAAGUUGGAACCCAAUUGGGAUUUGAAAUAUAUGAGAAGGUGAUAAUAUUUUCGAAUAGAA